UUCUGAGGAGGAGGGUUUACCGGGUUGCAUUCAGGAACCCAGCGGCUUUAGAAGGAGCUGGUGGAGGAUGGCAGUGGCUCUGGAUGAAGUGUGGGGGCGGGUGAAGAAUGUCUGCAAGCAGAACGGUCUGCUCAUCCUGUCAGUGCUGGCCGUGGUAAUUGGCUGCCUGCUUGGCUUCUUCCUCAGAGGCAAGCAGCUCUCUGAACAGGAGGUGAAGUACUUCCAGUUUCCCGGAGAGCUGCUCAUGAGGAUGUUGAAAAUGCUCAUAUUGCCGCUGGUCGUUUCCAGUUUGAUGUCGGGUCUGGCGGCUCUGGAUGCCAAAUGCUCCAGCCGCCUGGGCAUCAUGACCAUCUCCUACUACCUCUGGACCACCUUCGUGGCUGUGGUCGUGGGCAUCGUCAUGGUGUACAUCAUCCACCCCGGUGGAGCUGCUCAGAAGGAGGACUCCGAUGAGAGCAAGAAGCCAAUGACCAGCUCUGCCGACGCGCUGCUGGAUCUCAUUCGGAACAUGUUCCCUGCAAACCUGGUUCAAGCCACCUUUCAGCAGUAUCGCACCCAACGAGUUCCAGAGUACAUCCCCAAGCCGACAGUAGCCCAGCUCCUGGACGAGACGACCACUCGGCGGGUGUACAUCUACGGUAUCCAGGAUGACAACGGAACCGACAUCCAGAACUUUUCCCUUGAUCUCACGCCGCCGCCGGACGUCAUCAUGAAAACGUCGCCCGGUACGAGCGAGGGCAUGAACGUGCUGGGGAUCGUCAUUUUCUCGGCCACCAUGGGGAUCAUGCUGGGCAGGAUGGGGCCCAACGGAAGCGCACUGGUGAACUUCUGCCAGAGUGUGAAUGAAGCGGUCCUGAAGAUUGUUGCCAUUGUCAUCUGGUAUUUCCCCUUCGGGAUUGUCUUCCUGGUGGCCGGGAAGAUCUUGGAGAUGGACGAUCCAUCAGCGAUGGGGAAGAAGUUGGGCUUUUAUGCCAUCACGGUGGUGAUGGGUUUGGUACUGCAUGGUCUGUUCAUCCUCCCCGCCAUGUACUUCUUCAUCACCAAGAAGAGCCCCAUUGUCUACAUCAGAGGAAUCCUGCAGGCCUUGCUUAUUUCCUUGGCCACCUCCUCCAGCUCGGCCACCCUGCCUAUCACCUUCAAGUGCCUCCUGGAGAACAACCACAUUGACCGCCGCAUCAUCCGCUUCGUCUUGCCGGUGGGGGCCACCAUCAACAUGGACGGCACCGCCCUCUACGAGGCUGUGGCGGCCAUCUUUAUUGCCCAGGUCAACAACUACGAGCUGGACUUUGGGCAAAUCAUCACAAUCAGCAUCACUGCCACUGCGGCCAGUAUCGGUGCAGCCGGAAUCCCUCAAGCGGGGCUCGUCACCAUGGUGAUCGUGCUGACCUCCGUGGGCCUGCCGACCGAUGACAUCACUCUCAUCAUUGCUGUCGACUGGGCUUUGGACCGGUUCAGGACCAUGGUCAACGUGAUGGGUGAUGCCUUGGCCACAGGGAUCAUGGCCCACAUCUGCAGGAAAGACUUCAUUAAAGAAGGCGAACAGGUACCUCUGAUCUGCGAGACCAAGCCCAUGAUCAGCAUCCAGCAGAUGAUGAGCUACCAGAACCAGAAGAACGGCUGCUACCAGCCUCCUCCGGCGGGCAGCAGGCAGGACCACUUGUCCCCGGACGUGGCGCGGCUCAUCCAGCUGGAGGAGGGGGUCCGGCCGACGGAGAGGAGGAAACAGGCGCUCACCUCUCACCACAAGAGAGGCCACAGGGACAAGGAGCACUGUUCCAUCGACAUGAACGGCCUGGAGACCAACGUGUAGAACUCAGCUGCUGGACCUGGUUCCUCUCAUGAAGGCGGCACACCUUCCGGCUCUCAGCGUGCAGGAGCUGCAAAAAAGACAACUUUCUUUUUUUAAUAUCUUAAAAAUGGUACACAUUUGCCUGUGUGUGUUUGUGAGUUGUCCAUAAAGUAUCUAAUGUGGAUUCUAUUUGGUACCAGUUGUCCAUACAGUAUCUAACAUGGAUUCUAUUUGGUACCACUUGUCCAUACAGUAUCUAAUGUGGAUUUUAUUUGGUACCAGUUGUCCAUAAAGUAUCUAAUGUGGAUUUUAUUUGGUACCAGUUGUCCAUAAAGUAUCUAAUGUGGAUUCUAUUUGGUACCAGUUGUCCAUAAAGUAUCUAAUGUGGAUUCUAUUUGGUACCAGUUGUCCAUACAGUAUCUAACAUGGAUUCUAUUUGGUACCAGUUGUCCAUACAGUAUCUAACAUGGAUUCUAUUUGGUACCAGUUGUCCAUAAAGUAUCUAACAUGGAGUCUAUUUGGUACCAGUUGUCCAUACAGUAUCUAAGGUGGAUUCUCUUUGGUACCAGUUGUCCAUACAGUAUUUAACAUGGAUUCUAUUUGGUACCAGUUGUCCAUACAGUAUCUAAGGUGGAUUCUAUUUGGUACCAGAUGUCCAUACAGUAUCUAACAUGGAUUCUAUUUGGUACCAGCUGUCCAUAAAGUAUCUAAUGUGGAUUCUAUUUGGUACCAGUUGUCCAUAAAGUAUCUAAUGUGGAUUCUAUUUGGUACCAGUUGUCCAUACAGUAUCUAACAUGGAUUCUAUUUGGUACCAGUUGUCCAUACAGUAUCUAAUAUAGA